UUUGACUGUUUGACCUUUUGACAUUCAAUGUCAUGUCAGAUUUAAGCGGGAAUCGGGAAGUCACUCACUAGUCAGUGUUAUUAAAAUGGUUUAAGUGUUAAAAAACUUUGUUGUUGUGAUUGUGAUAAUCAAGUCAGUCGUGAUAACGUUUAAUCUUGCGGGUCUUGGAACAAUACAUGCACAAACAGAAAAAUCACAUCAAAGCUCGACUUUUGAAUUGCCUAAUUUCUUUACAAAAAUAUUAAAUCUUUGUCGUUCCUAAGGUUGUGGAUACGUCUUACUUUCAUUGUCGAAUGUAUGUAGUACCUUCAUGAAUAGUGAGCGAUUAAUAUUUGAUAAAAAAUAUGGAUAUCAUAGAAACAAUUAAAAAGGACAAAGCAUAUUUGAAAUGUAAGCUUAUCGUAAAAAGUUGGGAAAAGGACUUUAAGUCGAAGUAUGGUCGAACGCCCACAAAAUUCGACAUUAAGGAAGCGCCGGCGAAAAUCAAAUAUGCUUAUAAAAAAUACUUUCAAUUGAAAAGCAAUGCUCUUGAAAAUUCACUUUCAAUAUGUGAUAUUGAUGACGAGCCUAUUGUAUCGCCUGAUGUUACACAGCAAUUUGAAUUCACUGCCAGUGAGUCUGUGAGUCCUCAACGGGAGCUUCCUGCCUUACCUAGUGGCCAAGAAUUAGAGAAAUUAUUAUCAAAUAUUGAUAAUCAACCAAAAGUUCAACCUUUACAAACAUUAACAAAUAGUAAUACUCCAUUUACUGAAAAUUUGUCCAAGAAACUUUUUCAAAAUAGAAAAUUCUCACUUAGGAACCCUAGAAAGAUCACAUUGCCAAGAACACAGCCUAAAAGUGAAAACAAGACAUUUCCAAGUAAACUUAUAUCAGGCAGCAGUCUGCAACCUGUUUGUUCUGAUAGCGAUGCUAAACUUGAAAUUGCUGUUGCUGCCCAUUCUGACAGUUCACUAAAGUUUUCUGACAGCCCUGUUUCUAUUUUAAAUAUUUCAAUGCCCACAUAUCUAACAAAUAAGCCUGAUAGUGCAGUAAGACCUGCAAUAAGACAGUUAAAUGAUGCAUGGCUUGGCAGAGUUUCAGGUGAUGUAGCUGAAGUACUUGUAGAGAAAGAACAAUAUUCAAAUGAGCCUCAAAAGUUUGGAUUGGGAAAUAUCAAAAUUUUGGGUAUGAAUAACAAAAAUGUUGAUUAUGUAGAAAACAGUGAAUCAGAAGAAGAAGGUGUUGUCGAUGAUAAGUUUAAACCAGCUCUGAAAAAGAGGAAAUUAGAUUCUGUUAGUGAUGUAAGCAUAAAACAAAUUUGUAGAACUAAAAAACAACCUUUGCAAGAUCAGGUUCGCCAUUCUGAUACAAUACAGGUUAAUCAUACUACAAAGGCUGAUAACCAUGGUCAAAUCUAUAAAAAUAAUGACAAUAAUAGUGAACAGCAAAUGCCAGAUAUUCAAGAAUAUAUUCCUUUUGGUUUAGAAAAGGAUAUUCAACCUCGUCACUUAGAAAUUAUGUCUGCACUCAACAAAGUUGAUGCCAUUGUUGACAAUACUAAAAAUAAUGAAGACUCCAAAAAUAGCAAGAGUUUGGACAGUAAAAUUAAGGCUGGAACAUUAAAUGAGAAUUUUGUAAAAAUAAAUAUUGAAAAAAAAGUGUUUGCCCGGGGAAAGAAGAAUAUGAACUAUAGCAAAUAUAAAAAGUCACUAUGGAAAUCCAAAAAGAGCCUUCACGGUGGAAUGGAGUUUCCUGAGUCUGGUAAAAUAGCAUGUUUCAAGUGUGGAGAUACUGGACAUAUGGCUAGAUAUUGUAGAGCCCAUAAGGGCGAAACACUUUUGCCACUAGAGAGUUACAAUGAAAAUGAAAUACCUACCCUAGAAGACAUGCAAAAGUAUGCCUCUGAUCCAUCUUGCAGUAGUCAAUCAAUAACCGAUGAAUUACAUCAGUCCAUGUAUGAACCCAGUCAAAUUCCAGAUUAUGUAAUGAAAAUGCUAGCUGUAUCAACAGAUGAAGAUGAAAAUGGCAGUGGCAUAAAGCCCUUAUACAAUAAUUAUGAUUAUAGUUCAAUUGAUUUGAAGGAAACUCUAAUGAAAUUUGGCCAUCAAUCAUUUCGUCCUGGGCAAGAAAACGCUAUAAAACGCAUUUUGUGUGGAAAGUCUACACUACUUAUUUUGUCUACAGGAGGUGGAAAAUCCUUAUGUUAUCAGCUUCCUGCUUAUCUUUACAGCCAACAUUAUAGAUGUAUCACAUUAGUAAUUUCCCCUUUAGUUUCACUAAUGGAGGACCAAGUGUUAAAUGUUCCUGAAUUCAUUAAGGCAGGUUGUUACCACACAAAUCAAUCGCAGACACAACGUGGAAAAGUACUACAGUGUCUUAAAGAUGGCUUACUCAAUAUACUUCUCAUAUCUCCUGAAGCUUUAGUGGCAGGCGAUUCAACAAAUGGAUUGUCAGGCCUAUUUAAAUCUCUUCCUCCAAUUGCUUUUGCAUGUAUUGAUGAAGCACAUUGUGUAUCACAAUGGAGUCACAAUUUUAGGCCAAGCUAUCUUAUGAUUUGCAGGGUUUUGAGAGAGAAGUUAAAUGUAAAAUGUAUUCUUGGAUUAACUGCAACUGCAAGUCAGACUACUAUAAAAAGUAUAAUCAGCCACAUUAAUGUCCCUGAUGGAGCAAGUGGUGUUAUCAGAAACCCAGCUCUGCCAGACAACCUUUGUUUAUCAGUUUCCAUUGAAAAAGAUAAAGACAAAGCCCUGGUCUCAUAUUUGUUAUCUGAUCAAAUUAUGCAAUUUAAUGCUAUAAUAGUAUAUUGCCAUAGGAGAGACGAAUGUGAAAGAGUUGCAGCUGUGUUAAGAUCAUGCCUGCAAGAAAUAGGAAAAGUGAAUAUGGAAAGCAAGAAAAACAAAAGGAAACGAAUGUCUUAUAUUGCAGAAGCAUAUCAUGCUGGCAUGUCUGCAGCACAAAGGAAGAAAAUACAAAAACAUUUUAUGGAUGGAACACUACGCAUCAUAGUGGCAACUGUAGCUUUUGGUAUGGGUAUCAACAAGUCUGAUAUAAGAUGUAUUAUACAUUACAACAUGCCCAGCAGUUUUGAAUCUUAUGUGCAAGAAGUUGGGAGAGCUGGUCGAGAUGGACAACUUGCAUACUGCCACAUAAUUUUAAGUAAAAGUAGUAAUGACAAAAAUGAGCUUUUGAAACACAUUCAUGCAAACUCUAUUGAUAGACCUACUAUAAGGAAAUUACUUUCAAAAUUAUUUAUACCUUGUGAAUGCCCUAAAUUGAACAGUGAUACAUCUCAAUCCUAUUGUAAGGGUCAUGAAGUUGGAAUCCCUAUCGAUGAAACAGUGGAAGAACUGGAUUUGCCUUCCGAAAAUAUUGCUACCCUACUAUGUUAUGUUGAACUACAUCCUAAACAAUAUAUAAAAUUUUUAAGUAACGCUUAUAUCAAUUGUAAAAUUUCUUCUUAUGGAGGUCCGAAAAAAAUUCAUGAAGCAGCAAAGACAUGCCGACCUUUGGCAAUGGCAUUAUUACUAGAAAAUAAAAAGGACCCUGGAGUUAUGAGUAAUAGUGUCCUAGAAGUUAAUGUAAUUGAAAUAGCAGCUGCUAUUGGCUGGGAAAGUGGCGUAACUAAAUACCAACUAAAAAAUUUAGAAUGGAUUACUGAGUCGGGAAUGUCGCAAAGGUCUCAUUUAAAAGUAGAGUUUAAUACUCUUGGUUUCAGAAUUAGAGCUAGAGGAGAUCUAAGUGCAGUAGAACUCGAUAGUAUUUUGGAUGAUUUGCAUAAUUCUGUGAUUUCUCAAGAAAAGACUCGGCUGUACCAGUUAGAAGAAUGUAACAUAGCUUUCCACAAGUUGGGAAAUUAUUCGUUAGAAAAUACCCACUUAUCUAAUGAGGCCCUGUUAAAAACUUCAAAUGAGUUGAAAAAUACAAUACAAGAUUAUUUCGAAAGAGAAAAUCUACCAGUAUCCAUGAGUUUAGAAGAGAGACCACUAGACGUCGAAAGAAUCAUAUCGGAUGUUCGGUCUAUUAUAUGUAUUUACAAGGACUGCACUUUUACAGGGCGAAGUAUAGCACGAAUAUUCCAAGGAAUCUCUUCUCCGAAUUUUCCCGCUAUUGUGUGGGGGAAAUGUAAAUUUUGGCGGUCUCAUUUACACGAAGACUUCAAUGGAAUAAUUAAAAUAGCUACACAGCAAAUAAUUCAAAUGAAAACAUAAUACCUAUUUCUACAUUUUACCGAAAGUUUGCCCAGAAUACAUACUAAGAGAUAAAUGCUGACCAGGUUCUUUACAUUAAAAACAGUAUAAGUACCUUGCUUCCUUGCUUCAUAAUAUUAUUAUUUUUAAAACGACUGACGUACCUACGUUUGGACGAGGAUAUAAACAUUAGAAUUAUAUGCGAUCUUAUACCUACUUACCUAAUAAUUAUUAUUGUACACGUGUUUGAUAAAAGUGAUAAUAAAACUUAAUUUAUUUUGUCA